UCAUGGACGAAACCAUCAAAACUUUCCACCGCGUCCUCUCAGUCGCCGGGAUAACAAUCUUCGCCAAAAACAACUGGGACUCCAAACUAUGGCUCGCCUUACAAAUCUUCAACGUCAUCAUAGGCUUCUUGACCAUCGUCUUCACCACGUUCUUCGUCGUCGGCAACAUGUCCGACCUCCUCGUCUGCAUCCAAGGCGCCUGCAUCUGGACAACUGGUCUUAUCAUGUUCAUCUCCUUCUGCGUCUGUCUAGUUUUCCGCAAGCAGUUUAGAGAAUUCCUCGACGAGAUGGGGUUCAAAGACGCCAUGUUGGAAAUGCCGUUGAUUGAAUAUGUUUUGAAAUUAGAACGCGCGGGCCGCCUGAACGAGUUGAAAGGGAUGGUGGUCGACUCCCAGGAGAAAUUACUUAAACUAACACGGGUUUUGUUAAAAACUUACGUUUUUAGCGUUUGGGCGUGCGCGACUUUGUAUCUGAGCGAUUCUGUGUACAGUAUGCUUACGACGAAAGAUGACGAUUUGAGACUCUUGGGGUUUGAAAUGUUGGUGCCUUGGAGUCUCCAAAAUUUCACCGUUUACAUAGUAACUUAUAUUUUCAACGCCUACUCUGGAUAUUUGUGUUGCAUAGCUUACCCAGGUUUCCAACUGACGAUAAUCCUGCUGGUCGGUCAGACGGUCAGACAGCUGCGGAUCAUAACCUUCAUCCUGCUAAACUUGGAUGAACUAGUGCUGGAGAUGACCGGUCAAAGGGAUGAGAAGUGGCAGGCUUACAGCACUGCUAUAUUUUCGCAGUGUGUCGAUCAUUAUACCAAGCUUAAACGCUUCAGCAACAAACUGAACAUGAUCUGCCGCCCGUUCUACUUGGCCCUGAUCCUCGACGCCAUUAUGCUGGUCUGUGUGUGCUCAGUCAAGAUUGCCAUCUCUGCGAAUAAAACGUCUCCUGACACAAUGAAAUACUACGUGCACGAGUUCUGCUUCAUCAUGGUUGUGCUUAUGUUUUGCACGCUUGGACAACAGGUUGAGAAUGAAUGCGCCAGGCUAGAGACAGCAGUGACGGAGAGAUGGUACAUCUUCGACAAGACCCACAAGGUCCACGUGCAGAUUUUCAAGAUGGCGCUGAGUCAACGUAUGCCUAUCUACAUAUUUGGAACCAUCACCUUGUCUGCACCUACUUUCACUUGGUUUUUAAAAACCGGAAUGUCAUUCUUCACUCUGGUCAUGUCGGUGUUGGAGGAAAAUUAGAAGAUAUUCAUAUGAAACAUGAUGCCUGCACUGGAAUCUGAUUAAUA